CAGAAAUCACUGUGCACAUUUGGCUUGGUGGUCCUGUGUUCAUCAUUAGUUGAGUAACCAAUCAGAUGGGGGAAGUGUGUUACAGAAAUUGGCAGCAAGUGUCCAAUGGGUGAAUAAGAAGCUGACUGGGAAGUGGGUAGCCCUGACGGGAUGCGCUCCACGCACAAAGGAGUUCCAUUCCAGGAGAGGUCUGUUUGACGCAUCGGGGAAGCCAGCAUUGGGGAAGACUGCUAACUCAGUUGGCUGAAGGGGUGACAGCUGCGUUCUCCUGUGCCUACCACGCAACCAAAAAUGAAGGAGAACUACUGUUUACAAGCUGCUCUGGUGUGCCUGAGCAUGCUGUGGCACAGCCAGGCAUUUGCCCUGGAGCGACGAAGCCACCUGAGGCCAUCAUUCCACGGACACCAUGAAAAGGGGAAAGAAGGACAGGUGCUACAGCGCUCCAAGCGAGGAUGGGUCUGGAACCAGUUUUUUGUGAUAGAGGAGUACACCGGGCCUGACCCUGUGCUUGUGGGCAGGCUUCAUUCUGAUAUUGACUCUGGUGAUGGGAACAUUAAAUACAUUCUCUCAGGGGAAGGAGCUGGAACCAUUUUUGUGAUUGAUGACAAAUCAGGGAAUAUUCAUGCCACCAAGACAUUGGACCGUGAAGAGAGGGCACAGUAUACUCUGAUGGCUCAGGCGGUGGACAGGGACACCAAUCGGCCACUGGAGCCCCCAUCAGAAUUCAUCGUCAAAGUCCAGGACAUUAAUGACAACCCUCCGGAGUUUCUGCACGAGACCUACCACGCCAACGUGCCGGAGAGGUCCAAUGUGGGGACAUCUGUAAUCCAGGUGACAGCUUCUGACGCAGACGAUCCCACCUAUGGAAAUAGUGCCAAGUUAGUGUACAGCAUCUUGGAAGGUCAGCCCUACUUCUCAGUGGAGGCACAGACAGGUAUCAUCAGGACAGCCCUUCCCAAUAUGGACAGGGAAGCCAAGGAGGAGUACCACGUGGUGAUUCAGGCCAAGGACAUGGGUGGGCACAUGGGAGGACUCUCAGGGACAACCAAAGUGACGAUCACACUCACAGAUGUCAAUGACAACCCACCAAAGUUUCCACAGAGUGUGUACCAGAUGUCUGUGUCAGAGGCAGCAGUCCCUGGAGAGGAAGUUGGGAGAGUCAAAGCUAAAGACCCAGACAUCGGAGAAAAUGGCUUAGUCACGUACAAUAUUGUGGAUGGAGAUGGCAUGGAGCUGUUUGAAAUCACGACAGACUAUGAAACCCAGGAGGGUGUGGUGAAGCUCAAAAAGCCCGUAGAUUUUGAAACCAAAAGAGCGUAUAGCUUGAAGGUAGAGGCUGCCAACGUGCACAUCGACCCGAAGUUCAUCAGCAACGGGCCUUUCAAAGACACCGUGACAGUCAAGAUUGCAGUAGAAGAUGCUGAUGAGCCCCCCAUGUUCUUGGCCCCGAGUUAUAUCCACGAAGUCCAAGAAAAUGCAGCUGCUGGCACAGUGGUUGGGAGAGUUCAUGCCAAAGAUGCUGAUGCUGCCAACAGCCCAAUAAGGUAUUCCAUUGAUCGUCAUACUGACCUCGACAGGUUUUUCACUAUUAAUCCAGAGGAUGGUUUUAUUAAAACUACAAAGCCUCUAGAUAGAGAAGAAACGCCCUGGCUAAACAUCUCAGUCUUUGCAGCAGAAAUCCACAACAGACACCAGGAAGCCAAGGUUCCAGUGGCCAUCAGAGUCCUUGAUGUCAACGAUAACGCUCCCAAGUUUGCUGCCCCUUAUGAAGGCUUCAUCUGUGAGAGUGACCAGACCAAGCCACUUUCCAACCAGCCAAUUGUUACAAUUAGUGCCGAUGAUAAGGAUGACACAGCCAAUGGACCAAGAUUUAUCUUCAGUCUGCCCCCUGAAAUCAUUCACAAUCCAAAUUUCACAGUCAGAGAUAACCGAGAUAACACAGCAGGGGUAUAUGCACGGCGGGGAGGGUUCAGUAGGCAGAAGCAAGAUUUGUACCUCCUGCCCAUCGUGAUCAGUGAUGGUGGCAUCCCCCCCAUGAGCAGCACCAACACCCUUACAAUCAAGGUCUGUGGAUGCGAUGUGAAUGGGGCUCUGCUCUCCUGCAAUGCUGAGGCCUACAUUCUGAACGCCGGCCUGAGCACAGGGGCGCUCAUUGCCAUCCUUGCCUGCAUCGUCAUUCUGCUGGUCAUUGUUGUGUUGUUUGUGACCUUGAGGAGACAAAAGAAAGAGCCACUCAUUGUUUUUGAGGAGGAGGAUGUCCGCGAAAAUAUCAUCACCUACGAUGAUGAAGGAGGCGGGGAGGAAGACACGGAGGCCUUUGAUAUCGCCACCCUCCAGAAUCCAGAUGGUAUCAAUGGAUUUAUCCCUCGAAAAGACAUCAAGCCUGAGUAUCAGUAUAUGCCUAGACCAGGGCUGCGGCCUGCGCCCAACAGUGUGGAUGUGGAUGAUUUCAUCAACACAAGGAUACAGGAGGCUGAUAAUGACCCCACGGCUCCCCCCUACGACUCCAUCCAAAUCUAUGGCUACGAGGGCCGGGGGUCGGUGGCCGGGUCCCUCAGCACCUUAGAGUCUGCCACGACAGACUCAGACUUGGAUUAUGACUAUCUACAGAACUGGGGACCUCGUUUUAAGAAACUAGCAGACUUGUACGGUUCCAAAGACACUUUUGACGAUGAUUCUUAACAAUAACGAUACAAAUUUGGCCUUAAGAACUGUGUCUGGCAUUCUCAAGAAUCUAGAAGAUGUGUAAACAGGUAUUUUUUUAAAUCAAGGAAAGGCUCAUUUAAAACAAGCGAAGUUUUACAGAGAGGAUAACGUUUAAUAAAACUGCAAAAGGACAUCAAAGUGGUAAAUACUGUGAAAUACCUUUUCCCACAACAAAAAGAAAAAGGCAAAUAUUGAAGUUGUCAACUUCCCUGGAGAAAAACCACUUGGCAUACAAAAUAUUUAAGUGAAGAAGUCUAAUGGUGAACUUACAAGGAAGAGAAAUUGUUUAUGUGUUCUGAACAUCUAAGUCUUUCUUCUUUAAUUUUUUAAUUUGUCAAAGAUGCUUCCACAAAAUUAGAAAGGACAACAGUUCUGAGCUGUAAUUUCGCCUUAAACUAUGGACACUCUUUAUGUAGUGCAUUUUUAAACUUGAAAUAUAUAAUAUUCAGCCAGCUUAAACCCAUACAAUGUAUGUACAAAACAAUGUACAAUUAUGUCUCUUGAGCAUCAAACUUGUUACUGCUGAUUCUUGUAAAUCUUUUUGCUUCUCCUUUCAUUUUAAACUAAUACGUGCCAGAUAUAACUGUCUUGUUUCAGUGAGGAACGCCCUAUUUCUAUGUCAUUUUUAAUGUAUCUAUUUGUACAAUUUUAAAGUUCUUAUUUUAGUAUACAUACAAAUAUCAGUAUUCUGACAUGUAAGAAAAUGUUACAGCAUCACACUUAUAUUUUAUGAACAUUGUACUGUUGCUUUAAUAUGAGCUUCAAUAUAAGAAGCAACCUUUGAAAUAAAAAAAAAGAUUCUUUUUUAA